AUAUAUAUAUAUAUAUAUAUAUAAUUAUUUUUCAAAUGAGUGAUAUUAAAGCUCAUUUGUUUCCAUUUUCUGUUGAAAAAGACGAAACUAUCAAUUCAAAGAAUUACUUUAUAGUCAAAAAACAAAAAGAUGAAAAAUAUGAAACUGUCGUGUUAGGUCGAAAACUUAUUGGACUUCCUGUUACAUUGAGCCAUGAUUCAACAACUCGAGGUUUUGUUUGGAAAAGAUCAAUAAAUAAUGAAUACAAUGAUGAAGAUCUUCAAGAGGAAAGAUUAGAAAAUAUGAAUUGGAUAAAAACAGAUAAAACGAUCGACAAGUUUAUUUUAUGGAAAAAAGAUACAGCUCCUGAUUCACAAGAUUCUAGAAUUAAUGCUUUACAUAAUUGGAUCGAUAUUUCUCAAGCUAUGAAUGAGCCUAUACCUUUACCAAAUAAAUCAUAGUAUAAAUAGAUUUCAAGUCAUUUGCUUUCUCAGUCAAAGGGGAGGAGGGAGGUUUUUUUUUUUUUUUUUUU